AUGAGUUCGUCCGUCCAUGACAUCUCAGACAACUGGAUUGUCGGGCCCUAUGAAGGCGGCAGUGAUAUCGUGCGCAUCGCCAUUGCCACCUUCAUCGGCGUUGCAUGGUACAACGUGAUCGAGCUGGUCGUCCUGGUCUUCAUCACCUUCAAGCGCUACCAUGGACCCUACUUCUGGAGCAUGCUGAUCUCCUCGAUCGGCAUCCUCCCUUACUCCGUGGGCUACCUGGUCAAGUUCUUCGGUCUCACCUCGGCAACAUGGCUGCCCAUCACGCUCAUCACGAUCGGCUGGUGGACAAUGGUCACGGGACAGUCCUUCGUGCUCUACUCGCGCCUGCAUCUGGUCCAGGAAAAUCGACGCAUUCUCCGCAUGGUGAAGGGGAUGAUCAUCGCCAACGUGUUCUUGCUCCACGUCCCAACCACCGCGCUCACAUUUGCCGCCAAUCUGCUGCAAACCCCGACCGCCGUUGCGGGGUACAAAGUCAUGGAGAAAAUCCAGCUCACCGGCUUCUGCGUCCAGGAGGUGAUCAUCUCCAGUUUCUACAUGUGGAAGACCAAUCGCAUGCUGCGCGAUAAUUCCGACCCGGGCAGUCGCAAGACGGUGCUGCAGUUACUCGCCGUCAACGUCUCGUGUAUCCUGAUGGACAUCGCCCUGAUGGUGAUUGAAUUCAAUAAUCUGUAUCUGUACCAGACCACGCUGAAGGCGACCUUGUACAGUGUCAAGUUGAAGUUGGAGAUUGCGGUGCUGGGCAAGUUGGUCAAGAUUGCGCAUCAGAAUGUCUUUGGGGCGCAUGGGUACGGUCAUGGGCAGGCCGGUGGCCCUGGCCAUUUCCCUUCUUAUGUGGAUCCGACGCUGCAAGAGGGCGAUUACAGACAUCCGGGGUUCUCGGCCGGGACCAGUGAAGGCUCCAAGGGGUUGAGAGAACCGUCUCAUACUACUAUCAUAUGUGAUGAGGAACUCCGCUAG